AUGCUUACAGAAACGGUUCUUGGAGGAAUCCAUGAAGCGUGUCAAGACACAAGACACGUACUUCGAGCAAAACACGCUACAAGAGCUUAUCUAGAUGUAAAGGAGAAAUACCUGGUUAUGAAGUGCAUGAUACUUCCAGGUUAUGAAGUGCAUGAUACUUUCCCAUCCCAAGCUGAAUUUGAGAACAGAGCUUCCUGUCUGCUCAAACGAAAAGCAGCGGGUCCUUGUGGAAUCGAUAACUCUUAUUCACAACUAUCUGAUUAA